AUGGAUCGCUGGGUAAUUCGAAAAGUGGACGUAAAAGAAACUUCAGAUAUAAAUCAAGAGACCGAAGAAGUGGAUAAUAAUGUAGUUACAACACCAUGUCAGUCAGAUAUGAAAAGGAGUGUUGUUGAACCAAGCAGCAGCGGUCAACAACAGCCAAAACGGCGAAACUGCCAAGAAGAUUUUAUUCAGUAUGGUUUUGUAUGCCAUGUUGUUAAUGACGUUCAUCAUCCUCAGUGUGUUAUAUGUUUGGAAGUGUUGGCUAAUGAAAGCUUAAAGCCAGCAAAAAUGAAGAGACACCUGCAGUGCAAGCACCAGUCAUUCACAAAUAAACCAAUAGAUUUUUUCCGACGCAAGAAAAUGGAGUUACAAGGACUAAAGCAAGUGAUAACAAAAAAUGUUGCAUUGCCUGUCAAAGCUCAAAUGGCAUCAUAUGAGGUUGCAUAUCUUAUUGCUCAGAGAAAAAAGCCACACACAACAGGGGAAGAGCUUACCAAACCUGCUGCACUGGCAAUUAUUGUUCAUCGAGAAGCUCUCGCUUGCAAAGCCAUUGUUCCCGAACUUAAAACUAUUUUUGAUACAGCUGUCAAAAUCGUCAACUACAUAAUAUCACGCCCUUUGAAGGCCAGGUUACUUGCUUCACUGUGCAAGGACAUGGGCUCAGACCAUGAAGCAUUGUUGCUUCACACAGAAAUCAGAUGGCUCUCCAGGGGAAAAGUUUUCACACGGCUGUAUCAGCUGAGAGAUGAGGUCCUCCUAUUCCUUCUGGAAUCAGGCUCUGAAUUUAGUGUGUUCAUGACUGAUAGUAACUGGUUAGGAAAGCUAGUGUAUCUAUCAUGCAUUUUUGAUAAACUUAAUGAGUUAAAUCUUUCCAUACAAGGCCCAAACACCAAUAUUUUGUCAUUGUUCGACAAGAUAAAUGCAUUCUCAAAGAAGCUUGAGCGAUGGAUUUCACGAGCUGAAGAGGGUAACAUUGAAAUGUUUCCUGAACUUGAAGAGUUUGGAGAGGAAAAUGAGUUAUGUCUGGAUAAUUUGAAAGCAAUAAUAGUUAAUCAUCUUCAAAAUAUUUUUAAUCACUUCAAGAAAUACUUUUUAGAAGAGGCAGAUCUAGAAUAG